CUCUCUCUCUCUCUCUCUCUGGACAUAAAAAAGCGGAGGUUUAAGUUUAACUCUUAUUCUUCUGUUGAAGAUAGAGGAUCUUAUCUAAUGGGUGGUCCAGGAAAGUGGAUUAAAUCAGUGAUUGGUCUCCAAGCUAGACCUCAAACCGGAGAGCAAGAAAAGGUGGGUGGUAAGAGCAGAAAAUGGAAGCUGUGGAGGAGUUCUUCUUCUCCAGGUGGACUUGGGUUCUCGUCAAAGGGUGUGAAAAGAUGCCAAUUGGUCGGGUCCGAGGCGUCUGAUUCUUCUUCGUACAUGUCUGAUGGUGCUUUGGCUGUUGCUGUGGCCACUUUGGUUCGAGCUCCACACAAAGAUUUCAUGGUGGUGAGACAAGAAUGGGCUGCCGUUCGAAUUCAGACCAUGUUUCGGGCUUUAUUGGCAAGAAGGGCUUUGAGGGCCUUGAGAGCAUUGGUGAGGCUACAAGCCAUAGUUCGUGGCCGGCAAGUGAGGAAACAAGCUGCAUUGACACUAAGGUGUAUGCAGGCUCUUGUUCGAGCUCAGGCUCGAGUUAGGGCUCAAUGCGUUCAGACGCCCUUAGAAGGGCAGGCUGCACAAAAGUUACUCGAUCAAAAUCGAAACCAAGCUAAUCCUGUUAAGCAAGCUGAGGAUGCUUGGUGUGAUAGUCGAGGAUCAGUGAAAGAAGUGAGGGCAAAGCUACAAAUGAAGCAAGAAGGAGCUAUCAAGAGGGAGAGAGCAAUUGCAUACUCCCUCUCUCAACAGCAUUUGAGGAGAAACGCAAGCCCAAAUUCCAGAACAAACAAGGGGUUGGUCUCUAACAAGGCAGAUACAAACAACUCAGAGUGGAGAUGGCUAGAUGGUUGGGUGGUCACCAAGCCUUGGGAAAGUAGAUUGAUGGAAGAAUUCCAUACUGACCCAUCAGAAUUCCAUACUCCAAGUACUAAGAAAUAUGGAGAUUAUACUGAAUAUGAUUCAACAAUGAAAGUUAGGAGUAACAUUUUUACUGGGAUAUCAUCUAAACCCCUCAUAGCCUGUCAAAUUACGCAUUCAUCUUCUGAACCAUGCUCUGAAUUUCUGUUCGAUGACAGCACCACAUCAAAUUCAUCCACAUCCACUUCUGAAACCCCGGGAUCUAUCAAGACUCCAGCAGAGGGCCAUAUUACUAAACAGAGCUACAUGUAUCCUACAGAGUCCAUCAAGGCUAAGCAAAGAGUUUACAAUUAUUCACAACAUGAUAUGCAGAGACAUUCAACAGACAGUUUAAAGUUACAUAAGAAGCCUAGUCCACUUUCUAGGGGAGUAACCAGGAGGAGUGCUGAUACUGAUCUCUAUUCACUGGAUUUGUGCAAGGAUCUUUAUUCACCAAUGCUUAUGGGUAGCCAUGAAGGGCUAAAAAAUUCACAUAACUGAGGGAGAUGAGCAAUUGCUAUCAUGAUUACCAAGCUUGGCUACUUUUUGUCUUGUUUCUAUGAGUUCAACAGCUUGUUGUCUUCUAUCUCUUGGGACCGCUAGAGCUAUACAGAACUUCGUCAAAAGAUGUAUUUGAAGCACCCAAGAAAGUUUCAGGAAAAGUUGGUCAAGAUUUGGAUCACGUGGAUAUUAUACAAGACUGAAAGCAUAUAAUAUAUAGAGUAGAUGAUGUUAUAAAAUUGGUUGUGUUGUGAUUUUCAGUUUUUUGAUAUGCAGAGAUUGCUUUUUGUGUCAAAAGAUAUUGUAGGUUGAACUGUUUGUGGGUGUUGCUUGUCCCUGUUGAACAAUUUUCAUGUUUGUUACAUGUAAUUUGGCAUUUUCAUGAAUGGGAAAUUUUG